AUGGACUUUGUGGAGACCAAGUACCCACAUGAUGACACAAUGAGGGCUCUUGGGAUCUUUGAUGAUGUGGAAAUGGUCCUCAAGAACAUGCGCCUGGCCAAGUUCUUCUCUUACCGCUUGGAGUCAUACAAGGAGCUCACUUGUGAGUUCUUGGCAUCAAUGAGGUUCCACAAGUACAGGCAGCUCGAUCGAGCUGAGUUGGAUCAAGGUUGGGGAUGGAUCACGUUCUUGGCAAGAGGAGAAAAGAAGGCAGUGACCUUCAGGCAGUUGGAGAUCCUUUUUGGUUUCACUUAUGGGGAGCUUUAG